UCCUUCCCGCCCCUGGCCCCAGGGAGGGAGGGGUUUCCUGACAGGAAAUUGACCUCCUCUAACCCCCCCUCCUCAGAUCCAAGCUCUUGGCAGUCCUGGCUGAAGGAGCCUCAACACAGGACAGCAGCCAGGACAGAGGGACGGUGACGAGGAGGUCCUCUCCUGCCAAAAUGCCCAUCCUCAAGAGUCUAGGGGUGGCAGACUCUAAGGUGCCCCGGGCAGGGACACUGCCUCUGAGGUCCUCUCGGAACCCCUUUGAGGAAGUCUCAGGACUGGAAGAAGAGGAGGCUGCGGAGCUGGGGUCUCUGCCCAAUGGAACGUCAUGUCGUCGUCGAGCCACCCUGGAGAAGCUGGCAGGCCUGUCCCCCUUCCGGCUGGGCAAAACCCCCGGCCGGCGGGCAGGCAGCCCCAGGGAUGGGCAGCCUCGCUCUUUCCUGGGCCGGGUGCUGUCGCCAGGGAUUCGCAGGAGCUCAGCAGACUUCGGCCUCCUGGCCAGGCUUCAGGGGAGCCGAGCCCAGGGGGACGAGGAGGCGGCUGGAGAGGCUGCACGGAGACUGGCCUUCCUGAGACUUGGGCGUGGGCCCAAGCCCCGGCGGGCAUCACUGGCUGAGAGGGUGGUGCCUGCAGGUGAGGCGGCUCCCGAGCCCCCACCCAAGGUCCCAGAGCCCCCAAAGGUGAAAGAGCCCUUGUCAGUGUUGGAGAUCCUGAGCUUGAUCCAGCAGCGUGAGCUCGCGCGGGCCGACGAGCACAUCUUGGAGCUAGAGGCCGAAGAGCUGGCGUCGUCGGGGGGCGGCGCGCCCGGGCCGCCCAAGGCCGAGGGCGCGGGCGGCGGCCGCCGGGCGCGGGACGUGGCUCUGCUCUACGAGGCCCUGCAGCGCGAGAUGUGGGCGCUGGUGCGCGAGACGCUGGCGGGCCCCGGGCUGGGCGCGGGCUCUGGUGCGGGCGCCGUGGCGCAGCUGGGCCAGGUGUUGGUGCAGGAGGAGGCGGCCGACGGGCGCCGGGGACCCGAGGCUGCCCGCAAGCUGCGCGCCCGCUGGGCCGAGGCGGUGGCUCGCGCGGCCCGGGAGCGCUUAGAGGCGGCGGCGCCCGGGGCGCCCGGGGGCCUGGCCGGGCAGCUGGAGGCGCUGCGGGGACGGCUGCUGGAGGACAUGGGCGUCGUGCGGGGCCGCCUGGCGCCUUCCUACCCAGCCGGCCUGGGCGCCUUUGGCAUCUACUUGCGCGGCUACCACGGCGCGCUGGCCGAGUGGAUCGGGGCCGCCGCGCGCCGGAGGCUGCCGCUGGCCGACCGCUACGCGCUGCUGCACUGGCACAACCAGGUGUACCCCAGAGAGGUCCUGGGUCUGGUGGACAUGGUUGCUCUGGAGAACGGGGAGCUGGGGCCCCUUCUGUCGCCUGGCACCCUUCGUGGCUUGGAGGAUGAAUGUGUCACAGACGUGAAGGCUCAGACGCGGGCAGCCCUGCUUCGAGUGCUGCAGGAGGACGGUGAGCACUGGGGGAGCACGGAGGACUGGUCCAGCAACCUAGCCCAGGACGUGUGUGAGCUGCUGGAAGAACAUACAGAGCGAGCGCCCCGCAUCAGCCAGGAGUUCGGGGAGCGGAUGGCCCACUGCUGCCUAGGAGGGCUGGCAGAGUUCCUGCAGAGCUUCCAGCAGCGCGUGGAGCGAUUCCAUGAGAACCCAGGAGUCCGCGAGCUGCCACCCGACACCUACAUCAGCAGGACCAUCUCCCUGGUCAACUGUGGGCCCCCUCUGAGAGCUCUGGCGGAGCGCCUGGCCCGAGUGGGGCCCCCUGAGAGUGAGCCAGCCCGGGAAGCGGCUGCCAGUGCUCUGGACCGUGUGAUCCGACUCUGCCACCGCAUCCUGACCGACCUGCUGUUCCAGGAGCUGCAGCCGCACUUUAGCAAGCUGAUGCGCAGGAAGUGGCUGAGCAGCUCGGAGGCCCUGGACGGCAUCGUGGGCACGCUGGGCGCUAAGGCCCUGGCGCUGCGCAGAAUGCAGGAUGAGCCUUACCAAGCGCUGGUGGCCGAGCUGCACCGGCGGGCGCUCGUCGAGUACGUGCGGCCCCUGUUCCGCGGGCGCCUGCGCUGUGGCUCCGCGCGGACCCGCAGCCGCGUGGCCGGAAGGCUCCGGGAGGACGCCGCGCAGCUGGAGAGGCUGUUCCGACGACUGGAGUCCCAGGCCUCGUGGCUGGACGCCGUGGUGCCCCGUUUGGCCGAAGUUCUCCGCCUGGAAGACACGCCGAGCAUCCAGAUGGAGGUGGGGGUGCUGGUGCGGGACUACCCGGACAUCAGGCAGAAGCACGUGGCAACGCUCCUUGACAUUCGUGGUCUGCGCCACACGGCCACCCGCCAGGAGAUCCUGGCGGUGACCCGGGACCUGGAACUCUGCGAGGUGGCAGCCCUGUCCCCGCCUCGGGACCGUGCCUUCUUCGCAGACAUCCCCGUGCCCCGGCCGCCUAUCUGCCUCAGCCUCCCUCUGUUCCUGGGCCGCCUCACCCUCUCCCGGCUGGCCUGCCUGCCCUGGCCUCGGCCUCCGGCUCCGUCUGCAUUACGGCGGCCCCAGGCCCGACGCUGAGACUCUCCCAACCCCACCUCAGUGCCCCCCAUCUUUGCUGCUGACAGACCAUCCCGCCUCACCCCGACUCGACUCCCAGCCUGGCACCACAGACCCUUGGGCUGGCAAGAUCCUUAGCAGUCUUCUCCCCUACCCCCAAACUCCCUGUUCCAAGGAGAAACCGGCUAGAAGGAGCAAGGACUUUCCCAAGGCCAUGAAGCCCGUUCCCAGCACCAGCUCCCCAGCCCAGCGUGGGGUGGGUGGCGUUUUGGAAGGCUGUACACAAAUAUCCUAGCCCCCCCCCCCCUUUCCCCUCACCUCAAGGUCUGGCCUCAAUCCAAUGUAUUAAGGAACGUACGAUACUUAGAAUAAAGAGGUUUCUAUUUAACACAAGGAAGGGCUGAGUCCCCAGUGUGUGGGGGGAGGAAGGACUGGGGCAGGGCCCAGGGCCAAGGGCUUCUCACACACCCAAGGCCGGGCUAGGGUCCAACUCCUGGGCAGAGCAGUGGAGGCCGCGGGAAGCCCUGCAGAAUGGGAGCAGCCCUGCUGCCCCAUUUACACGAGGUCCCUGAGGCUGCAUGACUCUACGGCAGGCCCUCGGCCUCUCUGGGCCAGCGACCCUCAUUUUGUCCAUCCCCAAGUGCCUUCUCUCCUGGGCCCAGUGGUUCCACCUUGGCACACCCCCUUCCCCCAUCCUCAGGCGGGAAGCGGUAUCAAGAGAGGAAGGAGGUUGGGGGCAGGGCUGGCGGCAUCCAGGGCGCCCUCCUGGGUUGACGCAGGAAAAUCGCAGGGUGGGAAAAAUUCCAGCCUCUCACCCCCAGCCCUGCGGAUCCUAGUCCCCACAGAGACCUUGAGGUCACCUCCUUGCUGACCCCUGCCCCUCCGGCCCAGUUGGACAGGCUGUGAUGGAUGCUUCCUGGCAUGGCUUUUUUUUUUUUUUCUUUCUGCAAAGUCGGAAGGAGGAGGCAGCCAGGGGUCAGAGUGGAGGCUGGGGUUGGAACCUCAUGCACAUUUGAACUCACGUUUGACGUCUGAUGGUCUCUUGGAGCCCCAGGGCUGUGUGAUGCCAGGCAGGAAGCUGACCCUCUCUGGGCUGCAGUUCCUGUCCCUCUCUGAGGAACUGCUUAACCUCUCUUUGCCUAGGACAAGGUGAGAUGUCCAGAGGAUACAUGCCCCUCACUUCACAUCCUCAAGUGAUACUUUCAGUGUCACAGAUAUACAAGUGGGGAGUUGAGGAACGAACCGGCUGCAGUUUGUGGGCAUUUAAUGAAAGAUGUAUUCAUCUCAGUUUGGCAGGAUUCUUUUUCGAGAUUUUGGUGCCCCACUGUAAAAUGGCUGUAUUGAAAUAGAAUUUACACAACAGAGAAUUCAUCCAUUUAAAGUGCACAGUUCAGGGCAGUCACCUCUGCAGUCAAUCUUGGAACCACUUCAUCCCCCUUAAGAAACCCUGCACCCCUUUAACCAUCAACCCAACCCCUCUAUCCCUCUCAGGCUCUGGUCACCACUGGGCUCCUUUUUCUCUCUGGAGAUCUGCCUGUUCUGGAACGCUUCUGUGUAAAUGGGAUCACAGAACAUGGGGUCUUUGUGUGUGUGUAUACGUGUGUAUGGGUGUUAAGAACAUGACGUGAGAUCUACCCACUUCACACUUUUCUCAGUGCACAAUACAAUGCUGUCAACUAUUGUCACACGCUGAACAGCAGGUCUUUGAACUCUAACUGUGUGCUCCUUAAACAACUCUCCCCCACCUCCUCCAUCCCAUCUGUUCUCUACUGCGAAGACUGAGCUAUUUUAAUUUUUAUUAUUUUCUAUUGAAGAGUAUAGUUGACGUACAGUGUUGUGUUAGUUUCUGCGGCACAGCAGUGAUUCAGUUACACGUAUCUGUAUACAUAGUCUUUUCAUAUUUCCCAUUAUGGUUUGUUAUAGGAUGUUAAAUAUAGUUUAUGCUAUAUGGUAGGACCUUGUUGCUUCCCUGUUUUAUUAUGUAGUCAUUUGUAUCUGCUAACCCCAAACUCCCAGUCUGUCCCUCUCCCACCCCCCGAGUUUGAGUGUCCUGGAUACCUCAUGUAAGUGGAAUCAUGCAGAAUUUGUCCUUUUUUGACUGGCUUAUUUCACUUCACGUCAUGACUGUCACAAAUGGAAGGAUUUCUUUGUUAAGGCUGAAUAAUAUUCUACUGUAUGGCUUCACAGCAUUUUUUUUACCCACUCAUCUGCUGCUGGACAUUUGAGUUGUUUCCAUAUCUUGGCUACUGUGAAUAAAGAAGUGAUUUUUUGGGG